UAAGAGCCCAUUGGGCGUUAUCAAUAAAACAUUAUCGAAACAAAAAUUAAAAAAAUUAGUUUUCCUUUUUAAAAAUUAAUUAGGAUUAGGAUUAAGACUAUGAUUAAAUAGGGCUAGAAGAGAGAAGCGUUCCUGUCGAUAUCUUCUUUUCUUCUUCUCUAAGUUGGUGGCAAAAUCAAUUCUUAGUGGAGAUCGUUCAAUGAAGCCUGAGAUCGUUUAUACAACUCUAACGCCAAACAAGGGCACAACUCCAGGUGCAAUGCAAAACGGUGGUGUUCUUGAUAACAAUAAUGUUGAUAAUAAGAACAAAGGGAAAGCUAUACAAUUGGGAUCCCUUUCUGAAGAUGAUCAUCAAUUAGAAGAAUCUGCUAGUGAGGGUUAUGACACAACUCACAACGAUGAGUAUGAUCCUGGAUCCUCUCCACAAUCAGACAGUUUACUUGACCCAGACGCUUUGAUCUACGAAGACGAUUCUGAUCAUUAUGGCUAUGAGAUGGAGUUGGAGGAGGAAGAGGAAGAGGAGGCUGAUGAUUACGUCUCCGAGUAUCAAGCCCUUUUUGAUGCUAAGGAGAAGGAGCUCCCAGCUGGUGUGGAGGUAACAAUGGAUUGGCUGCCAAAUUCUAAAUCAAGUGGAAGCAACAAGUCUUCACGUGAAGACCACGGUAUUAAACUAGAAGCUACCAGCAGCUCCAAGAAACCCAAAAAAUUACCACACAACUCUAAAGGAUUCACACCGAACUCUGCUUACGCUUUGCCACAGAUAUAUCUUGACCCUCAGGCUCCAGUUCCAGUUCCAGCUCCAGCUGUUCCGGCUCCAGCUUCUUCUACUGUAUUGCUUCCUACACAAAACAAGCCAAAAGGUAUUUAUAAUGCUCGGCCUGACGUGCAAGAGGUUAUUUCAGAUUCAAAUACUUGCAGAGUGAAGAGAAAUAUGGACGAUUAUCUUGGCAAGUUUGUGUUUUUCAAAAGAUUUGACAUCGUUGAAGAUUUGGUGGACCAUCAGUAUGCUUCCAAAGGAACAGCUUCAAAAAAGCAUUCAAAGGAAUGGGCUAAAAGAAUCCAAGAAGAGUGGAGGACUCUUGAGAAUGAUUUGCCAGAGAUGAUAUUUGUCAGAGCUUAUGAGUCUCGGAUGGAUCUUUUGAGGGCUGUGAUUAUUGGAGCUGAUGGAACUCCUUACCAUGACGGUCUCUUCUUUUUCGAUAUCUUCUUUCCAGAUACAUACCCUUCUGUACCACCGGUUGUUCAUUACCACUCUGGUGGGCUAAGAAUCAACCCAAAUCUCUACAACAGUGGGAAAGUGUGUCUGAGUCUUCUCGGCACUUGGAGUGGUGCCGCGAGUCAGAUGUGGAUCCCCACCAAAUCUACAAUGUUACAGGUUCUUGUCUCGAUCCAAGGCCUAAUCUUGAAUGAAAAGCCUUACUUCAACGAGCCUGGCUUAGCGAGGACAGCAGGUUCUCCAUCCGGGGAGAGACAAUCUAAAGCUUACAGCGAAAACACUUUCUUACUUUCUUUGAAGACUAUGGUUUACAACAUGAGAAGACCACCCAAGUAUUUUGAAGACUUUUCGUAUGGGCAUUUCUUCAGCUGUGCUCAUGAUGUGUUGAAGGCGUGUGAUGCUUAUAGAAACGGAGCUCCAGUGGCAUCUUUGGUGAGGGGAAAGGUUAAAGAGGGGGAAGAGAGUAAUGAGAAAUGUUCUGAGAAGUUUAGGACAGAUGUGGCUACCUUUGUGGACACAAUUUUGUUGAAGGAGUUCAUUCUUCUAGGCGUCCUUGGUCUCGAACCGGAAGAAGAAGACAAACCCUCAGAGACUAAGGUUGCAGAGAGCAGCAGAAGUAAAAGACCAAAGAGAGGCGGAGUUUCUUCAAAGUGAGCUCUAUUGCUUCUUUUAUUCUUCUUAAGAACUAGAACAUAGAUUUCGUUGAUACCUUUCUUAUUAGCAUGGAAUCUUCUUCUUCUUGUUUCUUAUAUAUGAUAAAAUCUAUACUAUACUAAAAGCAAUAUAUAGUGAGCAGAGAGCAUGUCCACGUCGACAAAAAAAAUCGACCAAUAGGAAAACAGUUCUCUGCCACGUCAGAUACACGAUGACAAACCCUUAUUUUUCCAAAAUCGAAUCUCGGACCUUUCUCUUCGUCUUCUCCGUCGUCUUCGUUUCAUGCAUUUACAAUUAAUCGUAAACCCCACGGGCCAUUUGCUUUUGGAAUCUAUGUUUGGAGGCGUCUUUUUUGUGCAUGUGAAUAAUCUUCUCUUGCGCAAAUCUGGAAGUAUACUCAUGAGACGAAGGCUUGCACUGCGACUUCACGUGCCUGAUCUAUACCCUCAUGAGGACGAAGCUCACGGAGGAGCACGUGAAGUCGACCGUCUGCGACGCGGUCGAGAUCGAGAGGGAGUUUGUGUGCGACGCGCUUCCGUGUGCGUUGGUGUGGAUGACCCGUGAGCUGAUGAGUCAGUAUAUCGAGUUCGUGGUGGAUAGGCUUUUGGGUGCGCUUGGGUAUGGGAAGGUGUACGGUGUGGCGAAUCCGUUUGAUUGGAUGGAGUUGAUUCUGCUUCAGGGGAAAACAAACUUCUUUGAGAAGAGAGUUGGUGACUACCAGAAAGCUUCUGUUAUGUCUAGCUUUAAUGGAGGCGGCGCGUUUGAUAAUCAUUGAAACUCAUGGCUAGGUACUAUUGCCAAAUUGCGAAGCCCUUUUAGUCUUUAGCAGCCUCAAGGUUUUUUCUUCUUUCACUCAAAUUCUUGGACUUUCUGUAGAGAUUUGAUUAAUAUAAUGGACUGAUUUGAGAUUUAAAUCUUUGAUUCUUCAGGUUGCUUUGUAUGUUGGUGGUCUUUAUAUUUGUGGAAAGAUUGGAUGGGAAUCUGUAAUGAAAAUGGGACAAGACACACGAGAACUGUUCUUCUAUGAAACAUUUAUAUAUUACAACCCUCUCCUUCUCAUUACAAUGAUGGUUUGGCUCUGGGGUGUUAAUCUGUGGGUGUUUUCUCGAACUGGAGUCGAUUACGCAGCAAUAUUUUAUCUAGGACCAGAUCAUCAUAGUCACAAAGAGAUAUGGAAGUGUGCUAGGUGGAUGACGACGACAAUAUUAACUAGCAUGACUGCGUAUCUGUAUCUACAUGUCCUUGGCUGCUUCUCAACCAGUGUAAUAGAUGCAUCUUCUCUUAUUUUUAGAGAUAUUUUGUAUUCAUUGUGUUUCAUAGAGUUUUGACAUUUUUUUUCUGAUGUUUUCCAGAUUGUUUUGUAUCUCUCUGCUGUGAUCAUUCUCAUCACCCCUUUCGAUAUCUUCUACAAGGUAGGUUGAUCUCGACGAUAAAACAUUUCGAUCCAAGUGAUUGCUCCUGCAGCAGAAAACGUUGAGGUACCAACCAAGAAAGUGGAGGAACCCGUUGUGGUUACUGAACAGGCGGAAGAAGUCGUGGCCGCGACAGAGUCUGCUCCAGCUCCAGUCGGCGUAACUGAACAAUCCGAAGCACCAGUCGAAGGAACGAGCAAGGAAGUGGUUGUGGAAGAGGCAGAGAAAAAAGAUGAAGA